UGUGGUUAAUCUAAUGGUUCUAUAAUCUUAUGGAAUAUACAAUAGCCAGUUACUGGUGAUACAAACAAUUACAUUUUAAAUUAUUGGGAUGUUAAAUCUUUAGCUACAAGUAUGAAUGAAAUCAGUUUAAUAACAAUAAUAAUAUUAACAGCUUUAUUCCAAACGGUAUUUGUGGUACAGGUAUGGAAUUUUCAGCAUGCAUUACAAUAUAUUGCAUCUAAUUACCUCAUAAAUUUUAUAAGACUUUUACAAUCAAAAAAAUAAAUAAAUAAAGGGAAAAAACCAAUGCCAAAAGAACAAAGAUAAGUAAAAAUUAUGAAAAAUACAGCUUAGAGUUCACAUUUCAAACAAUGCACCACAGGAUAUGAAAUAUAAAGUUGAUGAUUCAAAGUUAUUCAAAGAUUAUUAUGAAGGUUGUAUACGCAUUGCAUUUUCAUCGAAUGAUGAUCAAUUAUUGUAUAGUGCAGGAUUACCAGAUUUAAAUUUGCCUGUGUGGUAUAUACUGUCGACAUCAGGUCAACAGAAACAACAACAACAACAAAAACCUGUCACAUGUUUAUCACCAGUGGAUGAACAACACGGUUAUCUAAGUAUUGAUGUCGCUUCAAGAACGCAUAUUCUUGCAACUGGUUUAGUAAAUGGUGAAGUAUGGUUAUAUAAUGUACAGAAUAUGUCUACACCAAUUCAUUGUAUCUCUAUUGGAUCAGGUAAUCAUUCUAUUCGUCUACUUUCAUUCUCAUCCACUUUACGAGCUGAUCUAAAUGACGUAGGCUUUAUUAAUAAUAAUAAUAAUAAUACAUUAUGCAAUUUAUCAACUUCUCAAAUAACCAAUAAAAAUUCUUACAGUACAUCAAUGAAUAGUACUCACCUAACAUGUAGUAAUAGCCAAAUUCGUCAACCUUUAAGCGAAUUAACUAAUACAAUACAACAAAAACAACGGGAAAAACAGAACAGUCUAAAUCACUAACAAGAUGGUCAGUAAUGCCGCAUGUAUUCGAUCAACCAGAAUCAAAACCACUCACCAAUAUUAUUAGUUCAAAUCGAUCAUUAUUAGAUCAAAGUUUACUGAUAGACAGUGAUACUGCUGAUAGCAUAAACCAGAAGUCAUCA